AUGAGGAAACCACUACUAUCGAUCGGGCUCUCACAAUUUGGACUGAGUUUGCUACAGACAUUAUUCAUGUUCUAUUAUGUGAAAGUGUACAUAAAUCACUUUCAUGUCAACACAAAAUGGUUCAACAUUGCACAAACGUUGUUCAUGUUCUGGAAUACUAUCAAUGAUCCGCUGUUCGGGUAUUUGCAGGAAGUUCGAGGCUCCUGGCUGAACAAUCGACUUUUAGUCAUCAAAACACUGUCUCCAUUUCUAGUCGGAUCAUUUGUCUUCAUGUGGAUUCCAUGGGAUACAGAAGGAUCAGACUGGGAAGGAAUUCAUCUCAUUCUCUCGCUUUUCUUGUACGACGCCUUUUUCAGUGCAAUUGGUGUAGCAUGGGGUGCGCUGUUCGCAGAUACCACUCAAAAUCAACCAUUGGUUCGAGUGAAAGCUCUGAAAUACUCACAAAUUGCGAUUCUGGUGUCUGUGUUUUCAAUCGCGAUCACUGAAAAACUCAGCAUGAGCUUGAAGAACUUCAAAGUCUUUCAAGGAAUUUGCUUCGGUGCCGCUAUUCUAUCGUUGAUUUGCCUGUGGUUUGGAGGCCAGCUCGGAGGGAAAAUAUCCAAGAACAAGAGAGACGAAGAGCAAGAUCUUCAAGAGGUUUUGAUUGAGAAGAAGCCAGAAGAAGCCCUAACAUUCAACGAAAAUGUUCGGAAUUCUAUAAAUCUAACGAAACAAAUUAUGUCUCAAAAACAGUUCCUUGCGAUCGUUUUCACCAAUUUCUUCCACACUGCCCGUAGUAUCGCUCAUAUGAACUUCGCAUCUAUCAUCACUGAAGUCGUAAUUCCACAGGAUAUUUUGCCAAGUGGAUCUGUGAAACUAAGUUUAUUCUUCAUGGCUCUCACCCUUGGACCCCAAAUAGUGCUGAUUCUAAACGAGAAACUUGUUGCUAGAGUUGGAGCUGUGAAUGUGAUCGCUGCAAGCUAUAUCGUUUCAUUUUUCUCUGGAUUGAUGAUUGUGGUGUCCUAUAAUCCAUAUCUCAUUAUGCUCUUCAUGUUUAUAGAUUGCAUUACCGUUCACACCAUAGCUCCACUUUUCAAUAUCAUUAUCUCUGAUUUCGUCGAUGACGAUGCUCGGAAAAAUAGCAGACCCGCCGGAAUCCCAUCGAUCAUUUUCAGUCUAAACGCGCUUUUCGUAAAACCAGCCCAAUCUGUGGCUCCUGUGUUGAUUGUCUACUUGCUUAAUCAGUCUGGUUAUCAGGAGUACUUGAAAAACAAAGUGACCACUGAGGACCUGAAAAGCACGAUCCUUCUUAUUUUAUUCUUCACACCUAUGGUCAUCGGUGGAGUUCAAUACUUCAUCAUGAAGUCUAUGUACAAUUUCAGAAGACCAAAUACCAGAGCAACACAUAUCAUCUAA